UGUUUUUAUUUGACCGCGUUAACAUUUUUUGUGCAUUGAUAUGAACGCCGAGAAGCAGGACUUUAAUGAAUUGCUCGACGACAUUGUCCUAGCAGAGGAAAAACUUAAUCGUGAAGGUUACGAGGAAGGAUUGGAAGUAGGACGCUCACAAGGCGAACAAGAAGGCUACCAAUUGGGCUACGCGCAAGGUGUACAACUAGGUGUAGAACUAGCUGAAAUAUAUGCCACUGUUGUGGCGCAGCAAACGCAAAAUCAUACAGAAAAAGUCCGACGUUCGCUCCAACAAUUGCGAAAAAGCAUAGACGACUUUCCACGUGAUAAUAAUCCAGAAGCAGAUAUAAUUGGAACGGUAGAGAGCAUACGCAAUCAGUACAAACGUGUGCGUGUACUGACCACUGGCAAAGUAGGUAAAUUUGGCAAUAAAGUGGAAGACGUCGAUACAACUCAGCAGGGCAAAAACAAAGAUUUAUCUUUUUAAAUCUUGAGCAAUCAGCAAGAUGAGCAUCGGUCAAAUACGCGCACGUUUGGAAGAG